AAAAAAUGGGACGUCGUGUUUUCGAGGAAGGUUGGAUGAUCCUUUUCAUGUAUGUGGCGUCGUUAUGGACGCCCCAAGCUGUCAGUGGGAUUAAGAAUGAUGAAGAACAGCGUAUGUCGUCAGGAUACCGGAAAGAAGUACAGAGAACUGGUCUGGCAAGACGAGGGUUCCUCCCUGAAAUCAACAUUAAUUCAGACACUCUGUUACUCAGAAACUUGGUAUAAUAUCUGGAACACAAAACGUACCAGUUGUUAAUGAAAAAACUGCCCAAAAGAGACUUCUGACUGCAAGAGUGGCUUCAAGGGAAAAACAAAAGGAGACAUGGAAAGUGCCCCUUGCAGAUCUUCAGCCAGAGAAAGGGUGUCUUGUUCCAUUGUUGGAGUUUCAGAGAGACCACAUUAUGUCGGCUAAUACUUUUGCCAUGUACAACGCUUCCUGGCCAAGCUUGCAAAAUUUCAGCUUGUCCUUUUGGAUCAACAUUUAUAACUGGAGAUAUUACUCACAGAUUGUCAGCUAUGCUCUCAGCCUGAGGAGAGAUAAUGCUCUUUUAAUAACCCAGUCCCAGACAAGUCUUGAAUAUAGGAAGGAUGACAUUUACUUUUCUGUUCCCUGGGAGGAUGGCGUUGCUUAUAUACAAGAAUGGAUGCAUAUCUGCCUAGUUGUCUCAAGCACAGCGCACAAGUUGUACAUUGAUGGAAUAGAGGUCUUAAAUGAGAAAAUGGCUAGUGAUUCAAACCAUGACGCAGGAAAUCCCUCGAUUGUCUUGGAAGGGGGAGGCCUCCUAGUCCUUGGUCAGGAUCAAGACAAGCCUGGUGGGGGGUUUGAACCUAAACAUUCUCUGUCAGGCUCAUUUGCCGAUUUUAAGCUUUUUGCAACGAUUUUGACACCAAGAGACAUUAGAGCACUCCACGAAUUUCAAGCAUUUGCUCAGAAAUCUUUACUUGACCUGACUGACCCAAAAUGGCUAUUCCAAAAUGUUCAGUUGAGUACAAUUCGAGCCGAAUCUCUCUUUGAAAUGAAGGUGACAGGAAAGUUCUUCCUGUUUUUUGGAGAAGUGGACAUCAAUAAAGGAUCAAAGCUAUGCAAAGACUUAGGAGGAGAGCUACCCAGCUACGAUAAUGUUAGACAAAUGCUUAUCACAAUGAAUGAUUAUUUUAUGUAUUCCAGUAGGGACUUCUUUAAAUUGACAGUCUUCAUUGGUCACACCAGUGCUGAUACAGAGAAAACCUUUGGGAGUCUAAAAGUAAUUUGGGAGGCUGAUAAAUACAUACAAGCCGCUCCAAACCCCAACAGUCCUGAAAAUUCCUGCGUGUGUCGAAUUAAGAAGCAAAGGUAUGUGAGAAUGUUUGGAGUACCAGAGGACAUGGAGUACCAAGUUGACAGCUUUUACAAGUUACAUCUGUACAAAGGCAGUAACCAGCUCCAAGGAUUACAAAAUUCGUACAUCAAUUAUAGUGACAGUGAGUGGCGUCUGCAGACUAAAGGACUGAACGAAAAUGUGGUCCUGAUGCAGGUCCCUUCUACUUCUGAUUACCUUCCGUUAGGCAGGAAGUCCUGGAUAGUAAGCAACGAACAUAAAAGUGUGAAACUCCUGUUGACGAGCUGCGACAGACAUCAGUUUACUUGUGAUUCAGGAGACUGUAUCUCUUUAAACCUGCGGUGUGAUACUUACAGAGAUUGCUUGGAUGGAUCUGACGAAGAAAACUGUCUACCUGCACCCAGUAGUGCGCUGUCUGGAAUUGUUGGCCCUCCAUUGAACUCUCUGUCAAUCAGUGGAUCCGUCUUGUUUAAUAAUAUUCCAGAAGUAAAUGUGGACAAAAAUUUUUUCUCUGCGACAAUGUGGAUAAAUACAACAUGGAGGGAUGAACGUCUCUAUUUGCUCAAUUUGAGGAACAGAACCGAUACUAUCCUGAAAGCCCAUCUCUUCAAUUACAACAUCUGGUCACCAAAGUUGGUGUUGAAGCCUGUACAGAAUGACAUUUCUACCUUCUUGACAACUGGAACUGCCAAAAGGCUGUGUGACGGUGAACAGAAAGUCUUUGACACGGUUGAAGAGAUGAUGUUCACCUAUAAGUGCUUCGAGAUAUGGAAGAGAAGCCUCAUGUACGUGAUGUGGCAGUGCGAGUUCAACCUCUUGAAGUUUCCCUUCGAAAGCGUCCUGUGUCGUCUGAGCGUCGAGUUGGACGACGACCAGCUGUGGCACCUAGUGAACGUGACCCUCCCCGAGUUCUCGCAUCUCCCUUACAAAGUUUCCGUCAAAUCCCACGACAUCAAAGGGCCCACCGUCGACAUCCAGCUGCUCUUCGAGAGAAAGUUUGGCGGUUACGUUGUCACGACGUUCAUCCCCAUCAUCAUUCUAAGCGCGAUCAGCAUCUUCACCUUCCUCUUCGAGCACCAAGACUUCACCAAUCGCAUCAUGGUGACCGUCAGUCUGCUGAUUGUCGUGGCUUCUCUCUCUGCACAGACGGCCAGUUCCCUGCCGAACACAUCUUACACCAAAUGCAUAGACCUAGUGUUCCUCUGCACCAUCUUCUUCCUCUCCAUCGUGUUCGGAAGCCACGUCAUCUGCUCUGUGAUCAGGCUGCGGAAGAAGCCUGUCGAUGUUCACGCGGUAGCUGGUUGCUGUAAUAAGUCAUUACACAAAACGACGAAAGACGCUGAAUCAAGGCUCAACUUUCUAGCAGCUAGUCUUUGCUUGCUUACUGCAGUCGCGUGUUUUUUUGUGUGCGUCAGUAACUGCACUUAA